AUGGUUAAACGACCCACUAAGUUGACUGGAGGGGGAGUGCUAAUAGCUGUCAAUCAUCGAUUUAAGGCUGUGCUAAUCGAUAACGACUCGUGGGCGAGCAUUGAACAGGUUUGGGUUCGGUUGACACUUGCCGGCUACUCGCUUUUCCUUUGCUCCGUCUACAUCCCACCAGACAGGACACGUGACUUGACGCUUAUCAACACACACUCAAACUUGGUAAACUCAAUCUACGAGCAAGCACAUCCCAACGACGAGGUAGUUGUGUUUGGGGACUUCAACUUUUCCGGUGUUAAAUGGCGCUAUAGCUCCAAUGGUUUUCUGUUUGCUGAUCCAACGGCGUCGUCUUUUCACGAUGGAAUCUACAACUGGCUCGACUGCUAUAGCUCCAAUCUUCUACGGCAGAUCAAUCACGUAAACAACGAGAAUGGCAGAACAUUGGAUCUCUGCUUCGUCAGUAAUUUCGAUUGUGCACCGCUUAUUACCACUGCUGUUACUCCCCUGGUGAAAACUGUGGCACACCAUCCUGCAUUACACCUUACAGUUAAGAGUAUUCCUUCGGACUUCAGCUGCAUGAUCGAUACUGUCAGCUACAAUUUUAAUAAAGCGGACUACGACAGUAUUCUCGCCAUUCUGUCGAAUAUUAUUUGGAAUGAUGAACUUGACAACGACAAUAUCGAUACAGCAGUUCAAACUUUUUCUAACAUUAUGAACUAUGUUAUUGAUCGUCACGUGCCUAAGCGAGUUGUCUCUAAAUAUAAACGCUCACCGUGGCAGACUAGCGAACUGCGGCGCCUAAAAUCUUACAAGCGAGCUGCUUUGAGAAAGUAUUCCAAGUAUGGAGGAAUUUGUUUGCGAGACGAUUACCUAAAAGUCAACUAUGCCUACAAACGGAUGAGUCGAGAGUGUCAUGCUAACCAUUUACGCAGUGUACAAAACAAACUGAAGUCGGAUCCUAAGGGGUUUUGGAAGUACGUUAAUGAGCAGAGGAAAGAGCGGGGACUUCCUUCAACAAUGAUCUACGGCGAGCGAAAGGAAUCAAACUUACACAGCAUUUGCGACCUCGUUGCUCAAAAGUUUUCCAGCGUUUUCUGCAACGAAUCACUAUCACAGGAUGAAAUAUCGUUAGCCGCAAGCAACGUAUCGCUGUAUGGACAGUCUUUUACUGACAUCAAUAUCGACGUCUCGAUGAUCCAGUCGGCGCUUUCGAAACUUAAGCCUUCCUUCUCGACCGGCCCAGAUGGUAUACCGGCUAUUCUACUGAAGCGAUGCGCUACCGGCUUGCUUACUCCGCUUUGUCAUCUUUUCCACCUCUCACUCUCUACAGGCAACUUUCCAUCUGCAUGGAAGUUUGCGUAUAUGUUUCCGGUUUACAAAAAAAGUCUCAAACUGUUCGAGUUGGUCGUGAUGGAACCGAUUUUUUACCAGUGUAAGCCUCCGAUACGAUACUCCGAUCUCCGAUACGCAGCAUGGAUUCAUGCCUAA